AUGUUUGAUGGUUACUUGGGAAUGGAUUUGGUCUGGUCCGCGUGCACGGGUCCAACCGUGGCCCUAUCCUCGCUCAUUUCGCGAAUUGCAUCCAAAGUAAUGCCCUCCUCCACUUGGUGCGAAGUCUGCGAGUGUAACGAUCAACGGUGUCACAUGUUUCUUUGUUUCUUAGCAAUGAUGUGCAAGGGUGUGGCUGAUGUUGCUGCUGACAUGGACGAGGCAAGGUUGUCUGCUGAACCCCGCAAUGUUGGUUUGCUUAGAGUGUAUUGCACGUGA